UCCUGUAUCUAGUCGAAGUCAUGUUUGCGUUUCAAGCUCGGUCUAGGAAACGUUUGGAAACUAAUGUAAAUCACUUCGCUGUCCGUCUCAACAGUUAUGGAUAAAACCAAGAUAGUUGAUCUUAUCCCUACUACAGAUAAAUGUACAUACACUAGUUGUUAUUGUGAAGAAAAUGUGUGGAAACUCUGUGAGCAUGUGAAGGAAAGAAAUCCAGACAAGCUGUCUUACUGCUAUUGUGUAUUUAUUUCAAAUGACAACAAACAGAUACCACUCUGGUACCAGAAAUCUAGCUCUGCACUUGAUGGAGUUGUAGUUUGGGACUACCAUGUGAUAUUUAUAUACAAUGAGGAUGAUAUUUCCCUGGUUUUUGACCUUGAUACAAAGCUGCCGUUUCCUUGUGAUUUCACUGAGUAUGCUGCCAAAGGGAUCAGACCAAAUAUUACUGUGAAAAAACAGUAUCACAGGAAGUUUAGAGUGAUACCUGGGUUAGAGUUCUUAUCUACGUUUGCCUCAGACAGAUCACACAUGAUGGAUGCUAACAAACAUUGGCUAAGUGAGCCACCAUCGUACCCCUGUCUACAGACCUCAGAUUCCACAAACAACAUACACAAUUUCAUAUCUAUGGACCCAGCUGUUGGGGUAGGGGUUGUGCUGAACUUUGAAGGACUUGUAGAAAAAUUCUCUGUAAAACCAAAGAACUGACAUUGGCCUUGACGAUGUUUCGUGAUUUGAAGAGGAUAUAAAGGAUUCUGGGUCACAUUGAAACUGAUAAGGAUCUCAAUACUUAAGUUUUAGGAUGCAGCAGUUGAUUAUUUUAAUGAAUUAAAUACUAGUAUAUAUUUAUUUUUUAUUUCAUAAUAAGUAGUUAUUUUUACAUAAAGCUAUUUUCAAGAAUGGAGUAUUUGUGCAUUUACAUGUAUAAUGUAUGGUUGUUGUUUGACUUUUUGUUUUUACAUUAUUUUACUAACAGUAGAAUAUAGUAUUUGCAUAUACAUAUGUUAACAAUUGAAUAAAGCAUUACCAUAUGUAA